AUGGAGAAGCCAUCACCAACAGAGAGCAUCUCUCCUUCCAUGGCCAGCGGCUCAUCCAACCAGCAGGCCCAGCCUACCUACACGACGGCCGGUACCAUUUACAACCCAAACUCGACCCAGCCCCUACAGCCUCCCACCAGACGAGGUCGAUCGCUCAAGUGGACGUCCGGUGGCGUCUAUUCCGACUUAUCCUUACUGCCACGCUCCCUGCUUGCGUCUUUACAGGCUAAAAGCAACGGCCGCAGCUCCCCGUAUCUUGCCACCCAGUACACCCCCUUGCAGCAAAAUUACGAUCGAGCGGCCAAUCCUGUUAACAAGAACGGCUACUUUGAUGACAUGUCUUCCCGCUGGAGCGCCACCACAGCCAAUAAUGCCCACGAGGCAGAUGAAAGCAUAAGCUAUAUCUCCAGUGACAGAGACCAAGACGGAGAUGAUGAAGAUGAAGAGGAAGAUGACGGAAUCGAUAAUCUCAUGGUGAACAUGACUGUCAAGUCGCUUCAAAACCUUGCUUCAUAUCCGAACCCCAUUCAGAAGAAGGCCCAGAAAGCCCUCUUGCGCCCGGCGAAGCCGAGAACCAACCUCUACAAUACUGUUGGUGCAAACGACAUGUCACCCCAGUUUUGGGAUUCAAGAUCAAGCCCUGAUACAGUAUAUGAUCGAUCCUGGAUCAAACCACGACUGUCAAACUCGGAUUCUGUGGCAUCGCAGCCGACGGCCAAGGCUGAAUUGCAGAGCAUCGCCGAGAGGGGUCGGCAUCAGGGAACGAGCCCGCCACCCAACAGCGAGAGUUCGGAACCGAAUGCUGCCUGGCUCACGCACAUUGCUCUUGGUGCCCCAAGACCCCUGACGGCCGGGCCGCCUGGACAGAGGCAGUAUCGUGCAUCAACUUUCAAAUCCACCUUUAAAGCAUUGAGUACCGAAGUCAAGGCUGCAAACCAGGUGGAGGACGAUGCGUACGCAGUUACGGCACGGGUACUGCAGCACGCUGGCAUUGACGAUGCCCGUGGCAAGCUCGAGGGCUCGCUGUCUAGACACGAGUCCGAGACAGCUUACCAGACACAGCUUAUCCAAGACAGUCAGACGCUCAAGUCUGGUUCAAUGAAUGGGAGCUAUGGUAUUGUAGGAUCUACGGACAGCGGAGUCUAUAGACGCGAUGCGAAUGUAUUUGCAGCUAGCGACGCGGGACUAGCACGGCCUAGAUGGGGCAUGCAUGCGUCGUAUGCUGGUGAGUUUACGCGCAAGAACCCUGAGUACGAAGCAGCAUUUAUCGCGUACAUGCAAAAGAUGGACAGAAUGUGGUACCAUGGUUGUGAGAGAUUGUGCAGCGAAGAGGCACGGGGGACAGACGGGGCAAAGGAGAUGUAUGCGGGUGUGAUUGGCGAUGGACGACCGGGUUGCAGCGGAUGGAACAGGCACGCGGAGCUUAAGAUUGCAGAAGCCAACAAGAUGGAGGUGGCUGAGCACGCCAAGCCGCUUCUCGAUAUGGCCAUGGCCAAUCUGGAGCGCAGUCUCGAGGAGCUGCCCAAGAAGCGUCAUGGACAGUAG